AUGAUUAAAAUGGCGCCACGGAAACUCAUGAUCGUCUCCAGUGAACAUGAUAAUGUGAUGACAUCAGGUGCUCCUAAAGGUUCAACUGAGCAACUUCCAGUUACUUCUUCUUCCGGCAAUACUAAGAAUGAAGAGAAGAGAUUAGGUGAAAAAGAAGAGGAGAAUGCUCUAUCGAAAUAUCUAUCGAUGGAUUAUCCAAAGUUUAGAAGAAGACGACCAGUUCACAACAAUAUGCCUCGAAGGCCAUGA